AUGCCUCCCGAGCCCAUCUUGACUCAACUCUGGAGAAGGGAGUCAAUCUGUAAAAGGUUAAACCAUGAUCUAUCAACGAACGACUUGAUAUCAUGUCGUCUUGUCUGCCGAGACCUUGCGGCCCAGUCAGCACCAGACCUUUUCACGGACAUUACGAUUCGAUUCCGCUGUCGAUCACUAAGCCGGCCAUCUCGGGUUUCUGCACUCGAGCGCAUCGGACAUCAUAUCCGACAAGUGACAUUCAUUAUCGCACAUACCGCGGAGACCUUCUUACCGCCAGUGAUCGAUGCAGGAACUGGCAAAGAGCAGACGUUCGUGUAUACACCUCAGCACCAGCAGGGACCGCCCAGAAGUCCCAAAUAUGGGACCUGGGAGAUGACGGAUCUGCUACUCAAGCAAUAUCCUCCUUUGUUCCAUGCUGCUACCGAUGUGCCGUCGUUCGUGCGAGUUUUGUCCUUAAUGAAGAAUUUGCGCCAUCUGCGAAUCACUUGCGAGGGCCAGCCACCCAGUCAUCGGUAUAGGCGAAGCGUGGUCGACUAUACGUUGAUUUCGUUGCGUAUUGCAGCUGAGCAGCCAAACCUGGGAUUCGGCGCAUCGCCUGCGUCCCGUAAGCGCUGGUCCCAAAUUCGACAUCUUACCAUUCACAUGGAGAGCUUCCCCUACCAAGCGGGUUCGCCCACGGAUCAUUUCAAGCUGUUGCAUGCGUAUUUGCAGAGCUUUCCCGGGCUUCGGACGAUCGUCUUUCACUGGAAAGGUGCAAGAGGUCUUUCGCCAUUGUCGCUGGCAAGUGAGCCCUGUCUCCAAAAUGCGGCCAACAAAAGAUCCAGGCAAGCCGAUGGCAGGCACGGGAGCCAAUUCUUACGGCCACUGAGAUUGCCCUACCUGCAGGAGAUAGAACCCUACCUGCAGGAGAUAGAACUGGUUAAUGUGGUAAUGGAUGCGUCGCAAGUAGCAUCUUUCGUUUUCGAUCACCGAAAAACACUGCAUGAACUCAACUUUCAAGAUACCGUCUUGCGUACAGGCACAUGGGAUGAAGUAUUAGCACCCUUAACUCGGAAAAGCGGCAGCACGCGAUGGAAACAACAUGCUAAACACGAACGCAGCGCUGACGUGCCUAUUAUGCUGAAGCCCGUGGCGAUCUCCCAGCAGUCAGUGCCACGAGGAAUCCGUCCAGUACAGCCACAGCACGAAGGACUUAUGAGCUCGGCGCGUGAAGUGCACGAGAUUCGUGGGGCAGACCCGAUCAUAUGA